CACAAGUUCUGCUGCAGCUCAUUCCUCCAUCCGACAGGAAGCUCCAGUCAAAGAUGCAGAGGUGCUUCGGGAUUUUUUGCGUGUCACUCAUCUUUUGCGCCACCCUGUCUGAGACCAUCGGGCUGGUCAUUGCGGCAAAGGAGAAGCGAGGCUGGACUCUGAACAGUGCUGGAUACCUGUUAGGUCCUCGUCGUAUUGAUCACCUAAUUCAGAUAAAGGAUUCUCCCAGUGCCAGAGGCAGAGACGAGCUGGUCACACAAUAUGGGAUAGAUGGACACAGGACUCUUGGAGAGAAGUCGGGUCUGGCUGGGAAGAGGGACAUGGGCCAGGAUGAGGACUUCAGAACAGAAGCCUGGAGAAUAGGAGAUGCAGACAUCAUCCACACCGUCAUCGACUUCCUGUCAUACCUCAAACUUAAAGAGAUGGGAGCCUUGGACAGCCUGCCUCCCUCUGUCACAUCAGACGAACUGACCUCUCCCUAACGUGUCCGUUUCCUCUCCGUUCACCUCCCUCUGUGUUUCUAAUAUCUGAGCUCCU